AUUGAGGGCCAGCUAUUGGAAACGCAUGGCCUCUGCAUUCCAGCCAAUAACACGCUGUUUAUUGCGGAGAUCAGCAAGCGCCUGGCUCAGUUGGAACCUCAUCUGACGCUAGAGUUCCUCGACGAAUGCAUUCAGGUCUUCAGCACUUCUACUAUCGAGAUGAAGCACCUAUGCCUCGAAUACAUGACACCUUGGCUGCGUAACUUGACCCGUUUCUGCCGAGGAGAUGAAGCCAAACGGCACAAGUUUUAA